GCCCCGUCCGGCCAGUCCCGCCUUGCGCGCCCAUUUCGAGCCCGAGUUUGGAGGCUGAGGUUUGGUUUCCUCCGGCAGUGGGUUCCUGCGCAGGGGCUAUGGGCGCAGGGAUGGCGCAGCUGGAGGGCUACUACUUCUCGGCUGCUUUGAGCUGUACCUUUCUGGUGUCCUGCCUGCUCUUCUCCGCCUUCAGCCGGGCUCUGCGGGAGCCCUACAUGGACGAGAUCUUCCACCUGCCGCAGGCGCAGCGCUACUGCGAGGGCCGCUUCUCCCUGGCGCAGUGGGAUCCCAUGAUUACCACGCUGCCCGGCUUAUACCUGGUGUCGGUCGGGGUGGUCAAGCCCGCCACUUGGAUCUUCGGGUGGUCGGAACACGUCGUGUGCUCCAUUGGGAUGCUCAGAUUUGUCAACCUUCUCUUCAGCGUCGGCAACUUCUAUUUACUGUAUUUGCUCUUCCGCAAGUUGCAGCCCAGACACAAGGCCGCCUCAAGCGUGCAGAGGAUCCUGUCCACCGUGACGCUGGCCGUGUUCCCCACGCUCUACUUCUUUAACUUCCUGUACUACACGGAGGCGGGCUCCCUGUUCUUCACGCUUUUCGCCUACCUGAUGUGUCUGUACGGCCACCACAAGACCUCGGCGCUGCUGGGCUUCUGCGGCUUCAUGGUCCGCCAGACCAACAUCGCCUGGGCCGCCUUCUGCGCGGGCAGCGUGCUGGCGCGGAGGCUGGCCGAGGCCUGGAAGGCCGAGCUGCAGAAGAAGCGCGAGGAGCGGCCGGCGGCGCGCGGGCCCUGCCCGGAGCUGCGCCGGCUGCUGCGCUUCGUGUGCACGCAGGUGCUGGCCGCCAAGGCGCUGGGCGCGCUGCUGCAGCUCACCUGGCCCUACGCGCUGCUCGGCGGCGCCUUCUGCGUGUUCGUGGCCGUGAACGGCGGCGUGGUGGUCGGCGACCGCAGCAGCCACGAGGCCUGCCUGCACGUGCCGCAGCUCUUCUACUUCUUCUGCUUCACGCUCGCCUUCGCCUGGCCGCACCUGCUGUCGCCCGGGCGGGCGCGGGCCUUCCUGGGCCUGGCGUGGAGGCGCCGGCUGCCGUUCUGCGCGCUCGCCCUGCUCUCCGCGUUCCUGGUGUGGAGGUUCACCUACGCGCACAAGUACCUGCUGGCCGACAACAGGCACUACACGUUCUACGUGUGGAAGCGGGUCUUCCAGAGGCACGCCGCCGUCAAGUACCUGCUGGUGCCCGUCUACCUGUUCGCCGCCUGGAGCGUGGCCGACUCGCUCAAGUCCAGGUCCGUGUUCUGGAACUGCGCGUUCUUCGCGUGCGUGGCGGCCGUCACCGUGCCGCAGAAGCUGCUGGAGUUCCGUUACUUCAUUCUGCCCUACAUCAUGUACCGGCUGCACAUCCCGCUGCCGCCCACGUCCAGGCUGGCCUGCGAGCUGGGCGGCUACGUCCUGGUGAACUUCCUCACCUUCUACCUCUUUCUGAACAAGACUUUCCAGUGGCCCAACAGUCCGGACGUGCAGAGAUUCAUGUGGUGAUGCCGGGGUGUCUUGAGAUCCAAGCAGACCUGAACUCUGGCUGUUUCCACGGCGCACAGCUGAACACGUGCAAGUUAGGAGACUUCUUUAAGGCGCAGUAUUGGGGUCACAUCCGGAUUUUUUGUCUGACUUAGGAGCAGGCCGAGCUGAGAUCGCUCAUGCUGCUUUGAAACUUAAGUCAGAUCAUGUUUGUAGUAUUUUUGGUAC